UGACAACAACAACAACUCAGAAAAACGAAAAAAGGACAGAGGAUGUUUACUUCGACCCUAGCCCUUCUGGGCCUCAGUCUGGGACUUGUGGCUAAUGCUUUCCCCACACAACAGCUUGAAAACGGGAAGAACUGGGUGGUGAUUGUCGCUGGCUCCAGUGGCUGGUACAACUACCGGCACCAGGCCGACGCCUGCCAUGCGUACCAGAUCGUCCACAGGAAUGGCAUUCCUGACGAGCAGAUUGUCGUGAUGAUGUAUGAUGACCUGGCGACCAAUGAGCAAAACCCCACCCCAGGGGUGGUGAUCAACCGACCCAAUGGGACAGACGUCUACGAGGGAGUCCCCAAAGACUACACUGGAGACGCUGUGACCCCUGACAACUUCCUGGCUGUGCUGAAGGGUGACUCAGCCAGUACUAAGGGUUCUGGGAAAGUGCUGAAGAGCGGUCCCAACGAUCACGUGUUUGUCUACUUCACUGAUCAUGGAGCUCCUGGGCUGCUGGCCUUCCCCAAUGAUGAUCUUCAUGUUGCCGACCUCAUGGCCGCCAUCAACUACAUGCAUGAGAACAAGAAAUACGGAAAGUUAGUGUUCUAUAUCGAGGCCUGUGAGUCGGGAUCAAUGAUGACCGACCUGGCUGCUGACGUCGAUGUGUAUGCCACUACAGCAGCCAACUCUCAUGAGUCGUCCUAUGCCUGCUACUAUGAUGAGAAAAGGGAGACCUACCUGGGGGACUGGUACAGUGUUAACUGGAUGGAGGACUCUGAUGUGGAGGACCUGAGCAAAGAGACGCUGAUUAAACAGUUCAAGAUCGUCAGGAGCCACACCAACACCAGCCACGUCAUGCAGUUUGGAAACAAGACUCUGGCCCAUAUGAAGGUGAUGGCCUUCCAAGGUAAUGCCAAUGCCAAACCUGCUCCCCCCAUGACCCUGCAGCCCGUAGCGGCCCCAGACCUGACCCCCAGCCCUGAUGUACCCCUGGCCAUCCUAAAGAGGAAGCUGAUGAGGACCAACGACAUCUCUGCAACCAAGAGAUACUUCAGCCAGAUCACGUCACACCUCAAGGUGCGCGAGCUGCUGGGAGAGACCAUGCGUAGGGUGGUAGAGACGGUGACAGGAGAGGAGAUCAUGACCCAGAGGGUUCUGAGUGCCAAGCUGGAUCUGACCCAGCAUCAAUGCUACCAGGCUGCUGUCAACCACUACAAGAUACGAUGCUUCAACUGGCAUAUCACUGAGUAUGAAUAUGCUCUGCGACACCUGUAUGCCCUGGUCAACCUGUGUGAGGGAGGAUACCCAACAGACAGUAUCCUGAUGGCAAUGGAGAAAGUGUGUCACUUCGACUAGACGGAUCUUUCUGAACGAACACCCCUCGGAUCAGGUUGCUGCGCCUCCAGACAGGAGGGUCUGAGACGACAACCAGUCUUCUCUUUGAACUGACAAGGAAUCAAGUUUGACAAAUCAAAUUAUUUUUUUCACACUGCUAUACCACUUUUUCAAAAUUUUGAUUUUAAACUUUUAUUCCCUGGAUUUAUUGAGACAUUUUUAAAAAUGUGUUUUUUAUGAAUUGCACGAUCACUGUAAGCGUUUGUUUCUUGUUUUACUCCUCUGAUUUUCUUUUUUUUUUAUUAAAAUUUAGCUUUUGGAUUCAGUUUUCUCCCUCUGGUGCAGUGGUGCCUGAAAUUAGUGGGUAUACUGUAAUUUUGCAAAACGGCCCUCCCAGUGAAGGAAAAGCGCCCUGCGUGAAAUUCUAUGAGAAACGGUGACCUACACUCUGAAUGACCUAAAACUAUGAAUCCCAUAUUGGUCUUUCACUGUCAGGCUAACCCAAGCUGUACUGUGGAAGUAGGCUAAUAGUAGGUCUACUAUUGGAACAGAUAAAUUGGGCUGUCAAAUGACUCAGAAAUUCACAGGUUUCAGACACACACCCCCUUGCACUUUUUAAUAGAACAUCAAUUUCUUUCAUUUUUCUAAGUCCAUAACGAUGCUUAAUAAAUCACAUCAGAAGACUACUUUUGAGGUCUGGGUAAAAAUCUAAGGAAUGUAGCUACUUAUUUUUUUUUUAUUAAAGUGCUCAGGCACCUAGCACUGUUUGGUUAGUAGUGUUUCUGUAGCCACUGGAUUAGCUUAACAUUUUCAAUUGAAGGUUUUUGGGAACAUGUUUUUCCAUCUACCAGAAGACUGUUGGGCCUGUCAUCAGCAUCGCUAUAUCAUUUUUGUAAUUUUUUUUCCUCCUCUUCGUUAAUUGUUUGAUACCUGGACAUUUUACUUGAUAAUAUUACUUGAUAAUUUUACUUGAUUAAAAAAAAAUAAUAAUAAUAUGAGGCAUGUCUUACCUUGAUUCAAAGUAGCCUAUAGCCACAAUCCCAUUAGAAACAUGGAGGAAAUAAUUGGAUUUGCUUUGUUUGUCCAGCAGACGGGUAUUUAAUUAUCCUAGUCAUAUUAGCAACCCAUGAUACGUUUUUCUAACGGAUAUUUCUGUCCCUGAAAACGCGUGCAUGUGCGUUUUUAGAAGGGUGGUUUCCCGCAAAUUGUAUUUUUAAACCUUCGCAUGUAGGCCGUGUGCACAUUGACGCACCGAAAAUGUGACGACAAUGAUAAGUAACAUUCUGAUCUGUUCCCUCAGCCUUAUUAAUUGAUACGGCGUAUACCUACACUACUUUGAUAAGCAUCGUGGCGAUUUAAGAAGUGAGUAUAGACAAUGCCCACAAAAAAUAAAAGUGGGUAUACGGUUUAUACCCUCCACUACUGCUUGGGUGUUGGCUCUGCUAUACGCCAACAUGAGCCCGUUAUCUGAACUGGGAGUGACGGAGUAGGGUGACGAUGCUGAUCCUCCAUCUGAACCUAGGGAAAAGUUCACCCCAGAAAGUGACUGGCCUGUAACAGGGUUUGUGCUUAGAGGUUGAAUCCUACAGCGUCAUAAUACUCUCACGUUAACCUCCAUGCAGACUCCUGUAAAGGCUCAGGAUACUGUGUUGUCACAGGGAUGUUAAACUAAAACCUUGAUAGUCAGAACAAACUGUAAAGGACUAUUGUGCACUACCACGAGCCACAACGUGAAGCUGAGGUGUGUAGCCCACCACAGCCAUGAUAAAACUAUGAUAACACAUGGACUCCAGAUUAUAUUAUUGCUUUUAUACAACGGGUUACCAGUCUUAAAGCAAGAUUCUUUCCCAAACCAUUUUUAAAUUUAACAAAGCGUGAUGCUACAGUCAUUAACACUUGUUGUCAAGUGCAAUUUUAGGUGUUCUAUAGUUGUUAGUUCUAUUGUUAUUGACAGGAAUGUAAACAAAACUGCCGGAACACACUGAGCGGUAGUUCUAGAACUUUGCAGGUUGCUAUGGAGGCUCAAUCACUACAGACUUGAAGCUGAAAAUACUUUUAACUAGUUGCAUGUGUAUGUUGUCUAUCAUGGACUCUUAAUUGGGAUUCUAAACCGAACGUAUAAUAUGAAUGACCAUAGUGGCUCUCUCCAUCUAGUCAACCUCCCCCUCUGUGUCAUAACUAAGGUUUAAUCAAGAUAUUGCCAGAGUCAAAUAAUGGUUCCUCUUCUGUUUUGGGAGUAAUUUGUCAUAUUAGGAUUAAAACAUUUUUUUGUGAGAUGCUGUACCUGGUUUUUGCUGAGGAAAGGUAGAGGCCAUAGACUGGAUUCUAUUUAUGUUAAACGUCUAGCCACCGUAUAUUAUCAAAUGCAACUGUGAUUUAUCUUUAAUUUUUACACAUUUAAGUUGCUGAAGUUUCUGUAUGACUGGCUGUAUAAGAUGCCAAAUGGGGCAGAACAGUUUUUAGGAAUGGAGAGAUGGACAUGCAGUGGAGGAUUUUAAGGUUGAGGAAUGGACUGCAGGAGUAACAUAGCAAACCAGAAUGUAUAUGAAAUGAAUGUUCACUCUUUGGAAAUUGAAAAAUAAAGCUGACCAUGUUCACA